UUCUAAGUAUUCUGACAUCAGGACCACCUCAGCUGCGGCACGCCAUUGGCUGCGCCCGCUAUUGGCAGCUCCCGUGCGCGCCACAGUAGGGCUUUCAACGCUCUCAACCAGCCCACCUCAUCCUCACUGGCAUUGAGGUCAGAGCAGAGGAAGGCGAGAGAUUCAGUGUGAGAGCUUUUACCUGGAAAUGUAUGCGUUUUUGCUACAUAGUUUGUGACUUUAUAUUUUCCAUUGGGGUAAAUUCGUUUUAGCCUAGUCGGACUGAUCAUAGACCAUAUUCCCACAUUGCGCAGUGGAGAUGGUGAGUGUUCCGGACGCAGUUGUUCUUCACGAUGGGGAGACUGUAGUCAAGGAGCAAAUGGGACCUGAGGACUGCAGCGAGAUGGCGAUGGAAGCUCUGUGUCGGGCUGGAGAUGAGAAGGCUGACCGGUGGCGGUCUCUGGGAAUCGUAUGGAGAAACGUUAUCCUCAUGGCCCUUCUGCACAUCGGGGCGGUGUAUUCCAUCCUUGUUAUCCCCAGAGCGAAGCCCCUUACCUGGGUCUGGUCCUACGUGUGUUUCAUCGUGACAGCCCUGGGGGUGACAGCAGGGGCCCAUCGGCUGUGGAGCCACCGCUCCUACAGGGCCAAGCUUCCUCUCAGAGUCUUCCUCGCAGCUGCCAACUCCAUGGCCUUCCAGAAUGAUAUCUAUGAGUGGGCAAGAGACCACCGUGUGCACCACAAGUACUCAGAGACAGAUGCAGACCCCCACAAUGCAACACGAGGCUUUUUCUUCGCUCACAUUGGCUGGCUGUUUGUGCGUAAACACAGCGAUGUCAUCGAGAAGGGAAGAAAGCUGGACGUCACUGAUCUCUUGGCUGACCCCGUGGUCCAGUUCCAGAGAAGGUAUUAUAAGACCUCAGUCCUGAUCAUGUGCUUCCUGGUUCCCACUGUGGUUCCCUGGUACUUUUGGGGUGAGACACUGUGGAACUCUUACUUCCUGGCAUCCAUCUUGCGUUACACGGUCUCGCUCAACGUCACCUGGCUGGUGAACAGCGCCGCCCACAUGUACGGGAACCGGCCGUACGACCAGAACAUCAGCCCCCGCGAGAACCGCUGGGUCACCUUCGGAGCCAUCGGUGAGGGUUUCCAUAACUUCCACCACACAUUCCCCUUUGACUACUCUACCAGUGAGUUCGGCCUGCGCUUCAACCCCACCACCUGUUUUAUCGAUCUCAUGUGCUGGAUGGGCCUGGCCAGCAACCGCAAGAAAGCCUCCGUGGAAACAAUACAGUCCAGGAAACUAAGGACAGGGGAUGGGAGCUACGGAGCGGUCAACAGCACACAAGAUAAAGAAGCAUGAGUGGUGGUUCUCACUGAACCAAGUCGUGGUUGAGAAGUCCACGGUGAGACGUCAAUAUAUUCUUAGACCGCCAGCCACUGCAUUAUGAUUUCUCAUUUGAUUUAUUGAUUUAUUUUUAUUUAACCAGAAAGGGCUCAUUGAGAUUUAAAAUCUCAUUUUCAAGAGCGUCCUGGCCAAGAUAGGCAGCGCCAAGUCAUUACAAAAAUUACAGACAAACAACAUGAAAAACUACAAGUAAUCUAGUAAAAACCAUAGAAUUCACAAGAGUAUAACAAAAUAAAAAACAGCUAAUUAAAAACAUAGACAGGUCAGGGAAUCAGUCUCAAGAUCAUUCAUCAGUAAUUUAAAAAUACCAAUCGGGACAUGUUCUUCCAGUUUAAAAGUAUUUUGUAAGGCGUUCCAAGACGAUGGCGCAGAGUUCAUAAAAGCCCUUUUACCAAAUUCAGUUCGGACACAUGGAACAGUUAGCAGGAUAAAGUCCAGCGAAUGAAGAGAGUAGAGUACCCACCACAUUUCUGAACAAUAAAAAUGCCCAAAUAAAAAGGUAGUAAACCCAAAAUGGCUUUAUAAAUAAAAGUAUACCAGUGACUGAGCCUACGAGUGACUAGAGAAGGCCAGCCAACCCUGGUAUACAAAGUGCAGUAGUGCAUAAGGGUUUUGCAGUUUAAAAUAAAUCUCAAAGUGCCAUGGGUGUCAAUUGAUCUCAAACACUGAGCGGAAGCAUUCAUAUAUAAAAUAUCCCCAUAGUCUAGUAAAGGCAUAAAUGUAGCUGAUACUAGCCUCCUUCUGGCUUCAAAAGAAAAACAGGCAUUAUUCAUAAAAUAAAAUCACAAUUUCAGCAUACAUUUUUUGUAAGAUGCAACAUCUUGCAAUUUAAAAGAGAGGCCGUCAUCAAUUAAAAUUCCAAGAUAUUUAUAUGAGGUUACAACCUCAAUCUCAUUGCCCUGAUAGGUAGUAAUAUUCUCUAUUUCUUGCUUUAGAAAACACCAUUAGUUUAGUUUUGUCAGUAUUGAGGAUAAGCUUCAAUUGACACAAGGUAUGUUGAACAGUAUAAAAAGCAGUUAGCAUGUUCUGAAAAGCUUUUGUAAGAGACGAGGCACAACAGUAAAUAACAGUAUCAUCAGCAUAAAAAUGAAGUUGCGCAUUUUGGACAUUUUUGUCUAAAUCAUUUAUAUAAAUAGUGAAUAAGAGAGGACCAAGUACAUAGCCUUGGGGCACACCAUUAAAGACAGACAAUUUAACAGACAUAAGCCCAUCAAAUUGAGUGCACUGAGUUCUAUCAGACAGAUAGUUGGCAAGCCAUGCAACUGCAUUCUCUGAAAGACCUACACUCGACAAUCUCUGCCUUAGUAUAGCAUGAUCAACUGUACCAAAAGCCUUAGAGAGAUCAAUAAAAAGUGAGACACAGUGCUGUUUUUUGUCAAGGGCUUAAGUGAUAUCAUUUAAAACCUUAAUGGCUGCUGUAAUUGUGCUAUGCUUCUUCCUGAAGCCAGAUUGGUACAUUGAUAAAAUAGAGUUAGUAAAUAAAAACUAUUUUAGCUGUUCACUCACAAGGGUUUAAAGUAUUUUCACCAGGGGAGACAGCUUUGAGAUUGGCCUAUAAUUAUUUAAAAGAGUUGGAUCUCCCCCUUUUAAAAGUGGUAGGACAAAUGCUGAUUUCCAGAUUUUCGGAAUUUCAUUACAUUCCAGGGUUAGAUUGAACAGAUAUGUAAGUGGUUCAGCUAUGAAAUCAGCUGCCAGAUUUAAAAAGCAGGGAUCCAGAAGAUCAGGACCUGCAGGCUUUCUCUGAUCUAAGGAUUUCAGGGCUUUAUGUGCCACCUGCACUGAGAAUAGCAAAAAGCUAAAGGUUUGACCAGCUCUCGCUGGUUCAUCCACCCAGGGUUGUACAGAGACAGAGAAUCACUGAAUCAAACAGCCUACCAGAUGAUAAAAGUGCUCAUUGAAACAAUUCAGCAUUUCAGUUUUGUCAUAUACAGCAACAGAGUCCUUCAAAACACAUGACGGUAAUUAAUUAACAUUACUGUUACCAGACAUAGACUUAAUAGCCUUCUGAAACUCAUGUUUCGUCUGCUAUAUUUUGUACUUUGGUCUUUGGAUCCCCGAAUUUUACAUUAUGUUCUGACACAAAGGUGUCGUUUUUGACUCAAUGGUUAGUUAAUCGAAGGUUUAGUCUGGAAACCAAGACAACCAGACACCUUUUGAAAUCAGAAAAUGAAAUCCUAGCAUUGUUACUUACCUGUUGCAUGAGCUUCCACAAGCCAGGCUCUGCAGUACGUUACUAUGUGGAGAAGGGUUUCUAGUGCAGGGUGACUGGUGGGGAGGCAUUAUAAAAGAUGACCCCUGCAUUCAGGAUACACAUGCUGUUUAUUGUCAACGUUUUGAUUGUCGUGUCUUGAAAAAGGUCACCGACCGAAACGUGGACGGUAAAUGUCAGUCACAUGCAGAGGUAAUGGUGUAUGGGGGUUAACUUUAAUAUGUUUCGACAUGUUUACCAGAACGUGACGUAAGGGAGAGAGGAAGGGUCCCUGGUGUGUUCCCUCUAGCGUGGAAACUCACGUCACCUGUACCAAGUCCCCACCCCCCUUCAAUCCUUCAUCACAUUGAGAUGUCCUUAGGCGAUGUGAAAUAGGGCCACUGGUUGCGGGGAACAUUUAUUUUAUUCCCUUGCCUUACCAUCAAUCAGAAUGUAUCUCGCCUGUGAUGUAUAACUUGUCUGUUUCCCUCCACGUUCAGCUUGUCUGCGAGACACAGACAUGUGGAAUAAAGAAACGUCUAAGUAGACGUCUGAGAAGCAGAUAGAUGACUGAGGAGGUCAGAUAGAUGACUGAGGAGGUCAGAUAGAUGACUGAGGAGGUCAGAUAGAUGACUGAGGAGGUCAGAUAGAUGACUGAGGAGGUCAGAUAGAGGACUGAGGAGGUCAGAUAGAUGACUGAGGAGGUCAGAUAGAGGACUGAGGAGGUCAGAUAGAUGACUGAGGAGGUCAGAUAGAUGACUGAGGAGGUCAGAUAGAGGACUGAGGAGGUCAGAUAGAGGACUGAGGAGGUCAGAUAGAGGACUGAGGAGGUCAGAUAGAGGACUGAGGAGGUCAGAUAGAGGACUGAGGAGGUCAGAUAGAGGACUGAGGAGGUCAGAUAGAGGACUGAGGAGGUCAGAUAGAGGACUGAGGAGGUCAGAUAGAGGACUGAGGAGGUCAGAUAGAUGACUGACGAAGUCAGAUAGAGGACUGACGAAGUCAGAUAGAUGACGGAGGAGUCAGAUAGAUGACUGGAGGAGUCAGACUGAGUGGAUGAGUAUUACUGGUCUCUGACUGAUUCAGUCUCUAAUGAUCACAGUUCACGUCUAUGCUUUCAGAGAAUCUAACGGACCGUGGAAGAAGUGGCGGGUAGAUAUUCAAUAUAUCAGUCAAAGCAAGGCCGUACUGCAGUUUCCAUGGCGACAAAUUAGUUGUUUAAAAAACGCUCGCAGGAACAUUUCAGCGUUAUCUACUCACUAUGCUGAAAGUUCAGUCUCCACAUUUACACCACACCACACCACACCACUACUCUCAGGUAUAAAACAGAAGUCUCUCGGUCAUAAUGUACUUCGUAGUGGGAGCGAUUCAGAUUUGAAUUCAAUAUAAGACAGAACAUGAGAAAAAGACGUGAGGUUACGAGAGCAUGUUCCUGAACUUUGAUCUAUCCCUUUGAUUUCACUCUAUUAUCAUGUGUAAGGAGCGAUAACAUUACCAUAGGACUUGUAUUACUGCUCUACUGUACUGUAUAGUAUUGUUGAGAGAUGAGCUUGUCUGUUGUAUGUCUGUGUUUUCCUCCCCCAGUGGUGGAAUUGGCUGUAUUUGUUUGUAUUCUGUACCUGUCUUGUGUGGGUUUUAUACUGUGUUGAUAUCAAUAGCCAAUAUACUUCUGGUUUAGUUCUAAUUGGACACACACAUACACACAUACAGUUGUGUUUAGCUAACCUUGUGGGGACACACAAUUGAUUCCCAUUCAAAAUCCUAUUUUCUCUAACUCCUUAUUCUAAACGGAACCCUAAAUCUAACCCUUACCCGAAAACCCAACUCCUAACCCUAACCUUUAACCCCUAACCCUAAUUCUAACCUUAACCCUAAACCCCUAGAAAUAGCCUUUUUCCUUAUGGGGACUAACAAAAUGUCCCCAGUUGGUCAGUUUUUAACUCAUACACACACACACACAGUCUUGUAUAACUAACCUUGUGGCAACACACAAUUCAGUCCCAUUCAAAAUCAUAUUUUCCCUAAACCCCUAACUUUACCCUAAUCACAAAACCUAGCUCCUAACCCUAAUUCUAAACUUAACCCUAAACCCCCUAGAAAUAGCAUUUGACCUUGUGGGGACCAACAAAAUAUCGCCAGUUGGUCAAAUGUUCAUUUGUUUACUAUUCUUGUGGGGACCAGAUAAGUGAACACGUCCAGAUGGUGGAGUUUCCUUUGUAAAUGACUGGAUCGGGCUGAGAGGAUACAUAUGAUUAAACUGACGUGUGGGUAUCUGAAUGUCUAUAGUGUAUCAUCGUGCCAUUAUUAUAGCUAAGAGAAAUGAUUUAAUACAGAUG